AAUUGGCAACGCCGAAGAAAAAAAAAACAACAAUUUUGACGUGAUAGCAGGGAUAGCAGCAAAAAGUGACACAAUUUGAGAACUUGAGGGAAAAUGGCCAGGAAGAAGGAAGACAAUGGAAAGUACAAGAGAAUAACGAACAAAUCAAAGAAAUCAUCUCGUGAUAGUAAGGAUGUAGACGCCGAUGUGAUAAAAUCUCAACUUAUAACCCUAGGUCUGACAUUGAGAGAGGUUCCUGGGGAUGGGAACUGUUUGUUUCGUGCGUUAGGUGACCAACUAGAUGGUCAUAUGGGCAAUCAUUACAGACAUAGACAAGACACAACAACCUACAUGCUAGAACACAGAGAUGAUUUCCAACCUUUCGUGGAAGAUGAUCUUCCUUUUGAGAAGCACAUCAGUGAACUGAGUCAGCCAGGUACAUAUGCUGGAAAUGAUGCAAUUGUGGCAUUCGCUAGACUCCAUCAGGUCACCAUUGUCAUUCAUCAACCAAACGCACCACUUUGGCAAAUCCGUGGCUGGGAAAGUAGUGGAACUCAAACAGAGAAGAAUAAAAAGGGAAAGAAUUACAACAAUAUUCCCAUAUCUCGUCAACUGCAUAUUGCAUACCAUGGCGGAGACCACUACGAUAGCGUCAGACGAUUGGGAGAUACCAGCCAUAUCCCCGCGAAUAUUCAAAUCGACGUCGAGAGUGAAGGAAAUGAGGUAACAACUCAGAGCCAAAACACAGCCGACCAAGAUUAUGAUUCCUGCGAACUUCACGAAAUCAACCGUGUCGAUGAUUCAGAAGCCAACGAAAUUGAGCGCGAAGCUAUUCUACGUACAGGAUGUCAGGAUCUCGCCAUCGUUCGACAACUCCUUUACAAUAAUUGUGGAAACCUUGAAGCUGCCGUUGAAGAUCUCUUGGCAUUGUCUUUAACUCCCGUUGACAACGAGGAACCUAAAAUGGAUCCAUCUGGGGGACGUUCUAAAUCGACCUUCAGCCGAAAACAGUUGGAACGAAUUCGUAAACAAGAGAGAAAGCGAGCCGGCGAGGCCAGAAGAAAACCUUGUAAUACUACUAGAGAAUCCCCAGAAGAAGCAGUCAUAAUUGGAAAAGUUCAGUGCCUAAACAUAUAAAUAAUUUUGGAAUUUGCUAAACGUUAGUUCAUUAACAUCCAAGCUACAGCCACCGAAUAUGUGUAGCUGUGUGAAUUAUUUACUCAUUGUGCUUAGUAUUAUUUAUGAGAUGAGUACGGUGUAUGCUAUCACUAUUUACUGGAGGAAUUGUGUGCUAGCUCUCACACAAUAUUUUCAUAGACUACUCUUCACUGUGGUGAGUUCGAUAGCUAUGCUAGUUGUCGUUGCCAGCCAAACAGCUACUAUGUUGUAAAUUUAAAAAUUAGAGCAUAUCGCUUCCCUGCUAUUUGUCAAAAUGAAAAUUUAUAAAAUCAUUUGUGUUUGAUAAAUUUAAUAAUUUAUAUAUCUUUUAAUCUCUUAAUUAUUAGUUGGUUCAGAAAUAAAGUAUUGGUGGAAAGGUCAA